GUGCAAAAAUAACGAGAUAUAGCAAAGCAAACGGACUUUACAUAUGCACGGUCAGAUUUAGUUCAGCUUUAGUGGGGUUUUUGUUUUUUGAACGGCGUGUUUUGGCGGAAAUUGCUUUGGCUUUUAUUUAAGGUAGCAUGGGAUGAUUAGCACGCGAGCUCACGUUAGCCAUUCAACUGCGCGCGCGUUGCCGCAUAUACUGUGGGAAUAAUGGCUAAUAUCUCACAGCAGCAUAUCAUAAAUAUAUUCGACAUCGUAAUGCAAGUUCUUGCACCUUUUUUUGUUGGUUUUGAAGUUCCGUUUGACAAAGGCUCCUGUGCAGGGUGGAUUGACCUGUCAUGAAUGAGCCCAUUGAAGGCGGUGCGAUCUCGUUCGACGAGUAUGUGCGGCAGAAGGCGCGCACUAUACCUCAGCACCGCAUGAAAGAGUUUCUGGAGUCGCUGGCCUCCAAAGGCCCAGAGGUGCUGCAGGAGUUCAGUCAGCAGACCAGCGGCACCACCACCACUAUGGUGUACCAGCAGGGUGCCAACUGCAUCUACACGGACAGCACAGAGGUGGCAGGGUCGUUGUUGGAGCUGGCAUGUCCGGUACAGGUGACUUCUACACAGAUCUCCCCCCAGCUGGCUGCAGCUGUGCAUCAAGCAUCUGAACAGCAGAUCCAAGUACAGGAACACAAAAUAAGAUGUUUUGAAGAAUGUUGGUCACCAACAGUUUUGGUGCAGAUCCAGGGUGAGCAGGGUCAGACAGUUGGCCAGGUACUUCAGGUGGCAUCUCCCACCCAACAGCAGCUACAAGGCGUUACCACAACACAGCUGGUACAACAGGGGGAACUUACAGAGGAACAACAACAACAGAUCCAGGCUCAGCUGGUGGCAGCAGUUGCCGGUGGUCAGCAGAUUCAGAUUCAGACUGUGGAGGCUCUGUCCCCCCCUCAGCAGCAGGGCUCCCCUAGGGAGGCAGAGAGACGACCUGGAGCCUCACCUGCUGUCCUCCAGCCUGCAAAGAAACGCAAGGUGGACGUCCCAACAGUUGUGUCCUACUCGCUUCCUCAAGGGCAGCAGCUGGCUACUGUACUGGCCAUCCCACAGGGCCAACAGCAGGGCUACUUGUCACUUCGACCAGAUCUGCUGACCGUUGAUAGCACUCAUCUCUACAGUGCCACCGGUACCAUCACAGGCCCAGCGGGUGAGACCUGGACCAUACCCGUGUACUCGGCCCCACAGCAGCAAGGCGUGGCCCACAUCGCCAUCCCUCAGGAAGCCUACAGCACCGUGCAGGUACAGGCCUCGCCUACCGAUAAAGACAAAGACAAGAUGGUAAUUGGUGCAUCUCAGGCUGCUGGGGCAGUGGCCGUUCCGGUGUCUGGCUCGGGAGUGACCACUCAGGAGGAAGUUGUACAUUCGCUGUUCCCAGCACAGUUUAUGAAUGGAAACAUUCACAUUCCUGUAGCAGUGCAGACUGUAGGGGGCGCUUACACUGGGACAACGCAGGCCCUUCACAUAUGGGAUCCGCAGCAGCAGCAGCAGCACAUACAGGAUGGGGAGGCUCAGGAACAACAGCUCCACCUGCAGGCGCAGACAGAGGCGGAACCACAAGUGGAACCUCCUCCUGAGAUGGUCCUCCCAAAUACGCUGAAGCCUGAGGAAGGACUGGAGGUGUGGAGGCUUUGGGUUCAGCGCAAAAAUGAUGAGCUGGACAAGAAUGAACAAAAUAAGCUGGCACCUAUUGGACGUCGACAGCCACUGCGCUUCCAGGACGACCUUGUGUCAAGUUCAGUGGGCGAGUUGAACUUGGCUCUGUCCCUGAUGACCCAAGAGGCUCGUGGGCUGGAGGGGGAGCCAUUUGAGCCUGAUUCACUAUACUAUGUAUUUUUAUGUAUACAGAAAUACAUGUUUGAGAAUGGUAGGGUAGACGACAUCUUCUCUGAUCAGUACUACAGCCGGUUUUGUCAGUGUUUACACAAAAUUCUCGAGGAGUGGAGGCCCAGUGUUCACCCUCUUGGCUAUAUUAUCCCAAGUCAUGUGACCGAGGAGAUGCUAUGGGAGUGUAAGCAGCUGGGAGCUCAUUCUCCAUCCACUCUUCUUACUACACUGAUGUACUUCAACACCAAGUACUUUCACUUGACUACAGUUGAGCAGCAUAUGAAAGUGGCCUUCUCCAAAGUGCUCAGACACACUAAGAAGAACCCCACCAACCCUAAAGACAAGAGUACCAGCAUCCGCUACCUGAAAGGAGUCGGGCCCCACCAUGUUGGACAGAAAGUGACAGAUGACAUGUACGCAGAACAGGCUGAGGACCCAGAGAACCCGCUGCGUUGUCCUAUCAAACUCUAUGACUUUUACCUCUUCAAAUGCCCUCAGACUGCCAAGGGUCGUAAUGACACAUAUUACCUGACGCCAGAGCCGGUUGUGGCACCGAACAGCCCUAUUUGGUACUCCACUCAGCCAAUCACGAGCGAGCAACUGGAGCACAUGCUAACACGCAUCAUGAUGGUGCGGGAAAUCCAGGAGAUGAUCUCCAUUGCGCAGGCCAAUGUACACUGAGACAAGAUGAGGGCAAAGAAAAGAAAUCAAGAUGGAAUAAUAGAGAGCAGCUUUCUCCAGCUCUCCGUCUUGCCAUCAUCAUCUCCUUUCUCAAAGAGACUGAAUCAAGUUGCCUCUGCAGCCUCUCCUUAUAUUCAUUCAUGAUUAAAAGGAAAGCGAGAGGUUCAAGAGGGGUUUUCAAUGAACUGGACAUACAUACGGGCCUUUUUUUGUUUUAGAUACAGGAACCUACUUCUGUUUGUUCGCCUAAUGGCCAUUGAAACGUAUUUGCCCAGAUCCCUCGAUGUGUGCAUUUUCUCUUUCUGCCAUGUAUGUUACGCUCCAUCUGUCUUCACACUGUCUUCUCUCUCUGUUUAUUUUCUGUAAGGAUCUGGUGUUUUUUAAGACCGCAGGCUAAACUGAAGUCGUUAUUGGCUGUGGACUGGAAUACCAUGUGAUUGUCAGGUGAAUAUACAUUUAAAAACAUGGCCUCAUCGAUCUGUAAUGCCUAACACAACCCCCGCUCACCCCCAGGAGCUUGCAGUAGCAGAGUUCACGUACCUGAGGAGUGUAUUAUACAUGAAGACUUUUUGGUUCUGUUUUUAUUUUUUUUAUAUAUAUACAUGCAUCUAUGGUAACCUGAUAUGUAUUGAUAUUAUAGUGGUGCUGGAGAAUCGAAGCCUGUCUUUUCAAACAUGCUUUUUUGUACAGUGAA